UUCACUCUAGUCUUAUCGAAACAAUUGCCAAAGAAGAGUCGGUACUUACAUCAAAUUGAAAUCUGAAUUUGAUUUAAUCCACUAAAAUGGAACCUGCCGAGCUAUUCCACAUUUGUAUAUUUCGCUGGUUCCGCAAGCUUGCUAAGCUUGUUGGUGUGGAUCUUUUCGUUAGCAACUACGAACCGAAUGUAGUUACGUAUUCCAACAUGUCAGUACUUUGGUUAUUUUUAGCGAGCUGCCUGUGGACUAUUUACUCGCAUGAGUUUGACGAAAAAAUCAUUUGCUGCUCUACGCUUGCUUUUAAUUUUCAGGGAAUUGUUAAGUACUUCUGUUUCAUAAAAAAUAAUCGAUCGGUGAAGGACAUGUGCUACUUUUGCUCAAAAAUAUAUGAAGCAAAUACAGUACCCGGCCCAAACAAACAACUACUUGCUAAGUCAGUGAAAAUCAUAGUUUUCAUUUUCAAAAACGGCAUGGUCUUACUCCUCACGACUGGAAUGUUAACUCUGCUGAAGCCUGGCUUUGGUUGUAUCGUAUUUGGGAAGCUUGAUCCCAUUUUGCCCACCUAUUUUCCAGGUGUCGAGGAAGAAGAAGUCUACGGCUAUGUCAUCCUUGCAAUACUUCAUACGUACAUUGUGUUCAUAUUUGUAACUGGAACUGCUGGCAGUGAUCUCUUUUUGAUGACGCAAGUUAUUCACUCGUACACUAUGACACACAUUUUUCGCAAUGCCGUGAACGAGUUUAAUGGGCUUAUCGGGAGAAAACAUAGAUGUACAUCGGAGAAAGAAAUCCGCCAGUUUUUAAGGAAUUUGAUUUUGAUGCACAUUGAUUAUGCCAGAUUUACGAAAAUUUUGAAAGACGUUUACAGUGGAAUAUGUUUGAUCCAGAUAACAAUGGCAAACACUAUAAUGAUCGUUCUUGUAUACGUUAUUCUAAUGGUGAACUGGUUUCCCGCAUAUUUCCUAAUGGCAGUGGCGUUUUUCCAAGUGUUUGAAUUCAGUGUAAUGGGAACAGUUUUGCAAAUUGCGAACGACAAUAUGUUUGAAAACAUUUGCAAUAUCUCGAUAAUCGAUUUGCCGAUUGACGAACAAAAGAAAGUUAUUUUAAUGACCGCACUAGCCCAACAUCCACACGAUUUAACAAUCGGAGGAUUUCAGUCACUCAAUGUGGAAACGUUUGUCGAUUCGAUGAAAAAUACGUACUCUAUUGGUAUGCUUUUAGUGAACACGCAGGUGUAGUGAAUCCUACGUUUACUACUCACAGAAGCACUGUGAAAUCAUUGGUAAUUUUCACAAUUUUAGUCAAUUGAAUCUGGAAGGUAAAAAAAUUCGAAAACCUUUAAAUUGCACGAAAAUAAAUAUUUUAAAG